CAGCGGCGGCGGCGGCGGCGGCGGCGGCGGCGGUGGCGGCGGUGGCGGUGGCGGAUCGGGGGGCGGGGGGGGCCGCGGGCGCGCGCCGGUUUGUCAGAUCAAUACUGAAGGCGCGUCUGACCCCCCCCUCCGGGCUGAGGUCCCCCCGGCCCAGCCCCCACCCCACACUACACGCCCCCCACCCCCCACCCCCAAGACCCAGCCUCACACGGCACUUCUGAGGCGCCCGAGGAUUACCCCCGCCUUUGCCCUCUCUCCCACCCACCCCCCAAAAAAGAGAAGAUCCCCUCCCCUGGCCCAUCCCUUCCCCUCUUUCCUCCCCCCUCCCCCCGAACUUUCCUUCUCGCAUGCUUUUCCUCUGCACCACGGAUCGCCUCUCGGAUGCCGCUUGCCUGGAAGCUGCGUUAGGAGCGAGCCGCGGCGGUGGCGGCGGCGGCGGCGGCAGCUCGCGAGUGCUAUGACCGGCAAACUCGCCGAGAAGCUGCCAGUGACCAUGAGCAGUUUGCUAAACCAACUGCCUGACAAUCUGUACCCCGAGGAGAUCCCCAGCGCGCUCAACCUCUUCUCUGGCAGCGGCGACUCGGUAGCUCAUUACAAUCAGAUGGCUACAGAGAAUGUGAUGGACAUCGGUCUGACCAACGAGAAGCCCAACCCGGAACUCUCUUACUCCGGCUCCUUCCAGCCAGCCCCGGGCAACAAGACCGUGACCUACUUGGGAAAGUUUGCCUUCGACUCCCCUUCCAACUGGUGCCAGGACAACAUUAUUAGCCUCAUGAGCGCCGGCAUCUUGGGGGUGCCCCCGGCCUCAGGGGCACUCAGCACGCAGACCUCCACGGCCAGCAUGGUGCAGCCGCCACAGGGCGAUGUGGAGGCCAUGUACCCAGCGCUGCCCCCCUACUCUAACUGCAGUGAUCUCUACUCGGAGCCAGUGUCUUUCCACGACCCGCAGAGCAACCCCGGGCUCGCCUACUCCCCGCAGGAUUACCAAUCGGCCAAGCCGGCCUUGGACAGCAACCUUUUCCCCAUGAUUCCUGACUACAACCUUUACCACCACCCCAACGACAUGGGCUCCAUUCCGGAGCACAAGCCCUUCCAGGGAAUGGACCCCAUCCGGGUCAACCCGCCCCCUAUUACACCCUUGGAGACCAUCAAGGCCUUCAAAGACAAGCAGAUCCACCCGGGCUUCGGAAGCCUGCCCCAGCCACCGCUCACGCUCAAGCCCAUCCGACCCCGCAAAUACCCCAACCGGCCCAGCAAGACCCCGCUCCACGAGCGGCCCCACGCGUGCCCGGCGGAGGGCUGCGACCGCCGUUUCAGCCGCUCGGACGAGCUGACCCGGCACCUGCGCAUCCACACCGGCCACAAGCCCUUCCAAUGCCGGAUCUGCAUGCGGAGCUUCAGCCGCAGCGACCACCUAACCACCCACAUCCGCACGCACACCGGCGAGAAGCCUUUUGCCUGUGAGUUCUGCGGGCGCAAGUUUGCGCGCAGCGACGAGCGCAAGCGCCACGCCAAGAUUCACCUCAAGCAAAAGGAGAAGAAGGCGGAGAAGGGGGGCGCGCCCUCUGCGUCCUCGGCGCCCCCGGUGUCCCUGGCCCCCGUGGUCACCACCUGCGCCUGAGGCUCGGGCCCCCAGGUUCCCUCUUUUCCCCUCCAGUGUCUCCGGGCUGCUCGCCUGAGAGCAGCGGGAAAGCCAGCCACGGAGGCGCAGAGGCCGCGCCCUGGCCUCUCCAUGGACGUAAGGCCCCUUGUUCCCUUUCGAUGUGACCCGUUUUCACCCAUUCAUGCCGGCCUGCGGCCGGGGGCCAGGGCACCAGGCGCCUUCUCUUCGCUGCCCCCACCUCCCUAGCCAAGGCGUGGGGGCGGAAAGGUGGCGUCUAGCCCGCUUUGUUCAGUUCGGAUCGCCUUGAUCCAGGGGCCGCUGGGCCGCGCCAAGGACCUGCGGGAAUACCGAAGGCGGGGCCCCUCCGAACCUCGCCGACCCAAGCACCUCACGGUCCCCCCCCCACAUCUCCCUCGGUUCCCCUUCGAAGACCCGAGAGGGGGAGGGGUACGGAGCGCACCAAAGCGCUAAGCUUGCUGCCCGCCGCACGCACGCGCGCCUGCGUGCGGGGAUGCGCGCGAGUGUGCGUGCUCGCGUGUGUGUAUGUGUGUGUGCGCGCGUGUGUAUGUGUGCGCGCGCUCGCGCGUGUGUGAGACUGUUCAGCUGAAUUGGGCUGUGUCCACCCCCUGGCUCUUCCCCACAUCGGACCCCCAAGCCGCUAGGGCAUGUUCCAGGCUGGGGGGCCGCACGUGGCCGACGAGAUGGUCUUCCAUCUGCUCGGAAAUCAUGUUUCUUACAGAAAUGCCUCGGAUGCCGCCGCCGCGGUGCUGCUAAGGCCGCUUCGGGUUUGGCCCCUACAACCCCAGCUUUUCCGAGGGCUUCCCUCUUAGGCCUCAGGGCAGUUUGAUCUGCGGGGAGAAGGAGCAGCCAUCACUGAACCUGCCUUUUUUUAAAAAACGUAUUUCCUCAGCUCCACGUUUCAAAGAAAUCUGUGUUCCUGAUCUGCCCUCUGCCCUCUUCUCCCCUCUCAGCCAUCCCCCAUCGCUUUCAAAAUCUGUUUCCAGAAAGGCAGGCCUCAACCAGCCACCCGGUUUCACCAUCUGUCUGUUGCUCUCACGUACCCAUUUCUCCUUCCCAUCACUGAAGGGAAAGCAGCUCUGAUUUUGCCCUUUGUCUUCCCAACACAACAGGUGGGAUGGAUCCAUGCAUAUGGUGUGUGCGCAUACAUAUAUGGAUGUGUGUGUAUAUUUACACAUAGAUGCAUGUAUUUAUAACACACACGAUAUGUAUCCUUAGCAAGAUCUCUAAGGCUAUCCAGUGCGGUGCACUGGAAUAAAGAGAAUUUGUAGGCAUUUGCAGCUUUAACUUAUUUGUAUGGAAAAAUUCAUGGCCGUGAUGACAUCUUCCUAUGUGCGUUGUUUGACCUACACAUGUGUGUGUAAAUAUAGGCAUGUAUGGUGUCUGUAUAGCUGUGCAUGUACACCCCAUCCAUGACAUUCACAUGCACAUCUCUAUCCCAGUUUUCCUCAAAGAUGGGAAUUUCUGUAUUAAUCCAUGCGAAUGAAUGAGGCAUCUCUUUCCCACAUCCCAGUCUCACCUUCUCCCCGCCCUACCUCACCUCUUCUCAGGCACCCCAGCUCCCCAGCCCUUUUCCACACAGGGGUGACUGUUUGAAGUGGAGCAGUAGGGAAGGCUGCUCUCUCGGCCAGCUCGGAGCACAGUCCUGACUGAAUGUACUGUUCCCUAUUAGCGCAUUUCUCCUGGGGUCAGUGAAGCUGCCCAGAGAGAAGGAACAAAGGUCUGGAGUUUACAGAAUGUCUGUUUUUAAAGUCACUUUAUGCGUUUCCACCUUUUUUUUUUUUUUAAGCACCAUUGGCUUUUUUUUGUUUUUGUUUUUGGUGGUGGAUAAAUAAUACUAAAAGGGGUCUAGUGAAAGGGGGGAGUCAAGGAGCAGGGGGAGUGUGGAUUUCCAGGUACUAGGACUUUUUUUGUAGGAGAGAGACGAAGUUGGCAGGAGGGCCCAUAUUUUUUUUUCAGCUGAAGGGUAAAAUCUUUCUUUGCAGAGACAGUAUUUUGCUGAAUACUUUUUAUAAUGUGAUGAUAAUUCAAAACACAAAUUUUGGUCACUUCAAAGCUGGAAGGAGGAAUCAGAUAUCCUUUAAUAUUUUUUCCUUGCUCCUUCUGAUUUAUGCAUGUCACUGCAUGAUAACUCUGAGUUUUCCUUUGUUUUAAUAAAACUGUUCUCAGACAUUUAAGCUAAACUAAGAGAAAAAAAAUAACUUUGUUGCCAAAAGGUUGUGCUAUUCAGAUUUUUAUAUGUCUGCAUGUUUUAAAAAAAACAACAAAAGAAAAUGCACUCUAACUUAUGUGAACUGAGAGGAAAAAAAAUCAGGUUUUAAACAGGAAAACCUAUGGGGAAUGAUAUUUUUUGAAAGACUUUUGUAUAAAGUUGAGUACUUAGAAAAAGACAAACCAGAUGUAAUAUAUUUUGUGGAUGUUUUUAUUUCUUGGAUUUAUAGUACCUUAUACUAAGGUUAAAAAAUAUGCUUGAUAUUGUGAAAGGUGAAAUUCUUCACCAACAUUUCAUUUGCUCCUUUGUCACAUUGUUAUGCCAAUAUAAUAUAGUUAAUGAAAACAGCAUUUUUAAAAACCGAAAUAUUGAAAUGGUGUAAUGUUGUACCAUUUGCACUAUGAGCAAAUGCUAAUACAGUAAAUAUAUUGUGUUUGCUGACAAUCAGCCGGCCUAUAAAUCUCCUUAUUUUAUUUCUUGUUUUCAUAGUAUAAAGUUUUUGGUUUGGCCUGUU